ACCAGGAUAUUGAGGACUGCAGCGGAGACGUGAAUCGUGUGAACAAAAUUUGUGAAAGUAGAAAAUCUCGAGUGUUCAGUGUUCACGUAGAAUUUAGCAAACCAGUGUAAAUUCAGUGAAACCAUAUUCUAAAUUAAAAACCUAAAGCAAAACUAGUGUAAACAAGUAAGUAGAUACCUAAAUUUUAAAAGCUUCGAGUGUGCAAAAAAAAAACAGUUUCAAAAUUCGAGUGCGACAAAACAAAAACCAGUGCGUGAAUUUUAAAACGAAACAAAAGAGUGCGUUAAUAUUUAAAUUUGAAUAAAAAAACAAAGCCAGUGCGUAAAUUUGAAAUUGGAAUACGAAAAUCAAACAAAAAGUGAGCGCAUAAUUUUGAAAUUCGAAUACAAAAACAAAAGACAGUGCGAAUGUUCGUCACCCGCGUAAAUCAACAGAAGACAAUACUCAGUGACAGUGACACUGGCAGCCAGUGGAGUAGUGAAGGGUUAGGCGGAGUAGUGAUGUGCCAGUAGUGUUGGGAUUGAUGGUGUUGCCACAAAUGCGGGCGAGCGGCCCGGGAGGCCGGCAGGUCAAUGACAUCGCCGGCACUGACUGUGCUGUUUUUAGCACUUGUGACGUCCACCCUUGGCGUAACAAUCGGGCGUACAGCUGAUUAUGACAACAUCCCUGAAAGCAUGAAGACGAGCAAAUUAGCAAAUAAACCAAACAUCAGAAACAUGGAAACCUCUUGGACCAAUGUACAUAAUAGGCUAAGUAGACAACAAUUAAGCGAUAAUGAUAUUGUACAUAAAUACGAUGAAAUUUAUAAAGAAAACGAAGAUCUUGUUAGUAAUAAGCAAGUAAAUUUGAAAAGUACAGAUGACAAGAUGGGUGGUGUGAGAAAUUUUGCUGAAACUAAAGUAGGUUAUGGUAAGAAGUAUGAUGGUGCUAGAAAAUAUUCUAAAGGGAAGAGAAGAGUGAAGAGAGAGGAUGAUCCAUGUGAACCCUUCAGGUUUAGGAACCCUGAACAGCAGCAGAUUACGCAUCCUCGCAAUAAGAACAAUACAGACACGUAUGCGGGUGGGAUGAACUGUAAUACUACUAUUCAAGGUCCAAUAGGAACUGUAAUCGAACUAACAUUCGUAGACAUGUUUCACAUAGAGGAUCACCCAGACUGCAUCUACGAUUAUUUAGAAAUCCGCGAUGGUGCGAAAGGAUAUUCGAAAGAGAUCGAGACACUCUGCGGCCAUCAGUUCCCUCGUCAGAUCGUGACCACCGGGCCCUUCGCGUGGCUCAAGUUUGUGUCGGAUGACACCAUCGAGUACGAGGGGUUCAGGAUCAAUAUCGCGUUCAGACAGGAGCCUAAAAGUCAUAUAGUCCCAAGUGACUGCUACAACGAACCAAUAAAAGGCAUGCACGGAGAAAUAGGCAUUGGUAAAAUCAAACCGUCAUGUUUAGAAGAAAGCAAAGGACAGGCGCUGGACGUGCUAUGGACAAUAAAUACGCCUGAAAAUACCAAGAUCUACCUCAAUUUCACAAGGUACGAACUUGAAUUCCCAAACGAGUGUGAAGAAAACGUCAUACAGGUGUUUGGAUCAGUAUUAGAGUAUCACGCUAAACUAGCACAAUACUGCGGCUCCGUCGCCAACUCCGUUACAAGCUUGGGCAACGAGAUGUACAUUCGAUACUUCGCUUCGUUGACUGCCAGGGCGGCGAAGAAGGGAGGUUUCAACGCCACCUUCACCGCCUUUAGAAGCUUGAAUCCUAAUAAGGAUGAUAAAUGUGACGCAGAAGAGGAAUUCGACUGUGAAGACAACACCUGCAUAGCAGCCGAGCUACAGUGCGACGACGUCGCCCACUGCAGGCUGAAGACUGAUGAGGACAAGGACUUGUGCAAGUUAGAGACCACUUCCAUGAUCAGCCAGCCGCACAUCAUGGUGAUCCUGGUCAUCUUCUGCCUCAUCCUCUCUGGGAUGAGUUUCAUCUUCCUCUUCAAAUGCAUACGGAAGCUGUAUCAGGACCAUAAAAUUAUUAAGGAGAUCCACGAAGCUACAUCGCAGGAACACAUCAGGCAGUCCUGCGAAGACCGACUGGACAGCCUGGUAGGCAGCCGGCUGACCCUCGACGCUAAACGGCUCCAGAGUGACAGCGAACCCCGCGCCAGCUUGGAGAGGGAAAACCACACCAAUGAGAUGGUGAAGCGGCAGAGAAGCUUCUCAAAACACAAGCCAAGCAGCAUCGACUCGGACUUCAUUCCAGACGUCCCCUUAGACCCUGAAGACGAGCCCUGGAGGAGAUCAGUAGACCAGGUCCCAGUCAUCACUGAGAACGUGCGAAUAGAGCACAACGGGAGAACGAGACGGAGCGACACUAGCAAGAAGGAAGAAUCCGUGCGCAGGAGUGUAAGAGAGAGCGAGGAGAGCAAAGCUAGGGAAAGGAAAGAGAUACGAGAUGUUUCUGUUGGGGCACCUGAUACGAAGGAAUCCGGAUGUCAGACGAGGGAGAGUCUGUUCCAGACCGAAACGGCGCCGAGUUCUGACGGUUCAGGCAGCAACGGCCCCGGGUUCUCCACCUUCGGCUACUCCGGCGCAACCAUCGCCAGGCCCUCGCCUCCGCAGACAAAUACCUCGGAGAUCACCAUCGAGCUGCUCAGCCAAGUGCCUCCGCACCAACCUUCGAAGUCUCAUAAGAAAAUGUCUGACCGUCGCCCGAUGAGCGCGGAGACGACUCGGUCCGCCCCUGACGUCAUCAUAGUCUCCAAACCGAUUCGCUGAGGGUGACCUUUGGGGCCCCCUCCGUGGGCCCCAACCCCCCCUGAGUCGUGGGCCUUUGAGCCUCUCCGGGAGGCACGGACCUGCCCUGAGGGGUCCCACACGCCCCACUACUGUCUCGAACAUUUCUCCCGGAGCAUGACGUUUGACAGUGACGGCUACUACAGCCAAUACUUCAACGAAGGACCAAAGUUAAUCUACGAUUAUUGCUUG